AUGGAGAUCCAAGUCGGGGGCUUUACGCUCUCGACCUUCAUUCUGUGGCCUGUUAUGAUGGUCUCACUAGUCUUCGCCGGCCUCCUCCUCACGAUCCUCUACAACCUGACACUCCACCCCCUCCGCAAAUACCCAGGGCCAAAACUCUGGGCCGCAACCCGUAUCCCCUACUGCUUCAUGGUCAUCCGCGGCAACCCACACAAGGAAAUCCUUGACCUUCACAAGCGCUAUGACGCCGACAUCAUCCGUAUCUCCCCCAACCAGCUCUCCUUUCAGCACCCCGACUCCUGGAAGGAGAUCAUGGGUCACCGCAAGGGCAAGUCUGAGGAGAACGAGAAGGACCCAGACACCAUCGAUCCACGCCGCACCGAUAUUAUCUCGGCCAACCGCCAGGACCACGCGCGCUACCGCCGAAUCCUCUCCCAAGGCUUCUCCGCGAAGAGCAUGCAGGACCAGCAGCCCAUCAUCAAGGGCUACAUCGACCUCUUCAUCGAGCGCCUCCACAGCCUCGCGAGCGAGGGGCCCGUCGACAUGGUGUCGUGGUACAACUACACCACCUUUGACAUCAUCGGCGACCUCGCUUUCGGGGAGUCGUUCGGGUGUCUCGAUAAGUCGGAUUACCAUCCUUGGGUAAAGAUCAUCUUUGAAAACGUCAAAGUGUUUGGCUUCUUCAGUCUGGCGAGGAGCUUCAAGUUUCUCGAGCCGCUGCUCAAGAACUUCGUACCCAAGCAUCUCGUUGAGAAGGGUAUAAGGCACAAGGCUUUCGUUCGAGAAAAGGUGGAUCGAAGGAUGAAGCUCGGCACACCGCGGCCUGAUUUCGCAGAGGCCAUGCUGAAGAAGGGAAGCGAGCCCUUGAGCAACGAAGAAAUAUACGAAAACGCGGGAAUUCUCAUCGUCGCCGGCUCCGAGACGACGGCCACGGCGCUCUCGGGCGCCACAUAUCUUUUGACGACCAACCCGGACAAACUGUCCAAGCUCAACGAAGAGGUCCGGAGCAGCUUCUCGAGCGAGGACGAGAUCGACAUCCUGAGCACCGCCAAGCUCGAAUACCUCCACGCCGUCCUCGAAGAGUCUCUUAGAAUGUAUCCGCCCGUCCCUACCGCCCUGCCGCGAAAAACGCCCCCGAGAGGACAAGAGAUCCUCGGACAGUGGAUCCCCGGCAACACAACGCUGAGCACCGUCCACUGGGCUCUCUACCACAACGAAAAGGUCUUCUCCAAGCCCUUUGAGUUCCACCCGGAGCGUUGGCUUGGCGACCCGGCCUUCGCCGGCGACCGCCUCGACGCCCUCAAGCCGUUCCACUUCGGGCCCCGCAUCUGCCUGGGCAUGAACCUCGCCUAUGCCGAGAUGCGCAUGAUGCUGGCCCGGGUCAUCUGGAACUUUGACCUGCAGUUGGCGUCCCAGAGCCAGAACUGGAUCGACCAAGAGUGCUACAUAAUCUGGAGCAAGCCGGCGCUCAUGGUCCACCUGACGCCGAGGAAGUCGGGUUGA